AAAAGAUUAAAAAAAAAAAAAAAGAAGAAAGAAAAAAAGAUGAAGAUGCUUAAAUGCCUCCUGCCAAAAGUAAAGAGCGAAUCUCAGUUGCAAUGGCUCUGCUAAAACUUGAUCAUGCGGGAUUUCAAGCGAUAAAGAGCUGCCGGGCUGCUAUUUACUGCGGUGGGAACAAGUUGCAGGAUGAAAUCCAGGCGUUAAGGGACCUAUUUUCCACUUCACUGUUUGCAAAGGAAUCUACUGAAAUGACUUUGAGGAUCUUUAAACUGGAACUAUGUGGAGGGAGAAUGCAGGGAUAAAGCUGGCAAAGAUGAGGAAAAUUGGCUGUGCUCUCCUGGUACUCCAAGCUCUUCUGGCACCUUUGGAUCUUGUUCGUGGAGCAGAGAAAAAUUAUCCCAUCCUGAACAUUGCAGUGAUUCUGGGAAGGACCAAGUACAUAACAGAGAGAGAUAUCAGAGCUCUCUGGACCAGGGAAAUGUCAGCAGACCUGACUGUUGAUAUCAAUGUCGUGACUCUUCUUGUGAACCAGACUGACCCUAAGAGCAUCAUAACACAUGUUUGUGACUUGAUGUCAGGCACCAAGAUCCAUGGAGUGGUUUUUGGAGAUGACACUGAUCAGGAGGCAGUAGCUCAGAUUUUGGAUUUUAUUUCAUCUCAGACUUCUAUUCCAAUUCUUGGAAUUCAUGGCGGGGCCUCCAUGAUAAUGGCAGAUAAGGAUGUCAUGUCCACGUUCUUCCAGUUUGGGGCUUCCAUCCAGCAAGAAGCCAUUAUCAUGCUGAAGAUCAUGCAGGAUUAUGACUGGCAUGUGUUCUCUCUGGUGACCACCACUUUCCCUGGAUAUCGAGAUUUCAUCAAUGUCAUUAAGACCACUGUGGAAAACAGUUUUGUGGGCUGGGACAUGCAGAACGUCAUCAUACUCGAUACUGCCUUUGGAGAUGCCAAAACCCAAAUCCAGCUGAAGAAAAUCCAUUCAUCUGUCAUCCUGCUGUAUUGUUCCAAGGAUGAAGCUGUCUACAUCCUGGAUGAGGCUCGCUCCCUGGGCCUCACUGGCUAUGAUUUCUUUUGGAUAGUUCCCAGCCUGGUCAGUGGUAACACAGAAAUCACUCCCAAGGAGUUUCCUUCAGGACUCAUUUCAGCAGCUUAUGAUGAGUGGGACUACAGUUUAGAAGCUCGGGUGCGGGAUGGCCUUGGGGUCAUUGCCACAGCUGCCUCAGCCAUGCUGGAAAAGUACUCCUUCCUUCCUGAGGCACGAACGAGCUGCUAUGGACAGCUGGACAAAAACGACCGGCCCUCUCAAACCUUGCACAAGUUCAUGAUGAAUGUGACGUGGGAAGGCAGAGAUUUGUCCUUCACAGCAGACGGGUACCAGGCCCACCCCAGGCUGGUGGUGAUCGUGCUGAACAACGAGCGGGAGUGGGAGAAGGUGGGCAAGUGGGAGAACAACUCCCUGAGCCUCAAGUACUCGGUGUGGCCGAGGUACAGCUCCUUCGCGGACAGCGACCCCGAUGACAACCACCUGAGCAUCGUCACCCUGGAGGAGGCUCCCUUUGUCAUCGUGGAGGAUGUGGAUCCUCUCAUGGAGAGCUGCCAAAAAAACACCGUGCCAUGCCGGAAAUUUGUCAAACUUAACAACAAAACUAAUGAGGGAACGAACGUAAAGAAGUGCUGCAAAGGAUUCUGCAUCGAUAUCUUGAAGAAGUUGUCUAAAACUGUCAAGUUCACAUAUGACCUGUACUUGGUGACGAAUGGGAAGCAUGGCAAAAAGGUCAAUAACGUGUGGAACGGAAUGAUCGGUGAAGUGGUGUACCACCGGGCAGUGAUGGCUGUGGGCUCGCUCACCAUCAACGAGGAGCGCUCGGAAGUCGUUGACUUUUCGGUGCCGUUCGUGGAGACGGGGAUCAGCGUCAUGGUGUCACGGAGCAACGGCACGGUGUCACCAUCUGCUUUCCUAGAGCCUUUUAGUGCUUCUGUCUGGGUGAUGAUGUUUGUGAUGCUUCUCAUCGUGUCUGCCAUGGCUGUCUUUAUAUUUGAGUACUUUAGUCCUGUAGGAUACAACAGGAACUUAGCACAAGGGAGAGAUCCCCAUGGGCCAUCCUUCACCAUUGGAAAGGCAGUGUGGUUACUGUGGGGCUUGGUCUUCAACAACUCUGUGCCUGUGCAGAACCCCAAGGGCACCACGAGCAAGAUCAUGGUGUCAGUCUGGGCUUUCUUUGCUGUCAUCUUCCUGGCCAGCUACACUGCCAACUUAGCUGCCUUUAUGAUUCAAGAGGAAUUUGUUGACCAAGUGACUGGGCUGAGUGAUAAAAAGUUUCAAAGGCCUCAUGAUUAUUCACCUCCUUUUCGGUUUGGGACGGUCCCAAAUGGAAGCACAGAGAGGAAUAUCCGGAACAACUACCCUGACAUGCACCUCUACAUGACCAAGUUUAACCAGAAAGGAGUUGAGGAUGCCUUGGUCAGCUUGAAAACUGGGAAGUUGGAUGCUUUCAUCUAUGAUGCAGCAGUGCUGAAUUACAAGGCUGGAAGAGAUGAAGGCUGCAAACUUGUCACAAUAGGCAGUGGGUACAUCUUUGCCACUACUGGCUAUGGGAUUGCUCUCCAGAAAGGAUCACCUUGGAAGAGACAAAUUGAUCUCGCCCUCCUUCAGUUUGUGGGAGAUGGGGAAAUGGAAGAGUUAGAAACCCUGUGGCUGACUGGUAUUUGUCACAACGAGAAGAACGAAGUCAUGAGCAGCCAGCUGGACAUCGACAACAUGGCAGGAGUGUUUUACAUGCUCGCAGCAGCCAUGGCACUCAGCUUAAUAACCUUUGUCUGGGAGCACUUAUUUUACUGGAAACUCAGAUUCUGCUUCACUGGAGUCUGCUCAGAUAGGCCAGGAUUGCUGUUCUCAAUCAGCAGGGGUAUUUACAGUUGCAUUCAUGGAGUACACAUUGAAGAGAAGAAGAAGUCUCCUGACUUUUCUUUGACCAAUUCACAAACCAACAUGUUAAAACUGCUGCGAACAGCGAAAAACAUGACCAAUAUCAACCCUUCAAGAAUUGACUCCCCCAAAAGAACAGCUGAUUUUAUUCAGAGGGGUUCUUUGAUUAUGGACAUGGUCAUGGAUAAGGGAAACUUGGUAUUUUCUGAUAACAGAUCCUUUCAGACAAAGGACAACUUUUUUGGUGACAACAUAAGUGAACUGCAGACACUUCCUGGCAAUCGACACAAGGACAAUCUGAACAAUUAUGUUUUCCAAGGGCAGCAUCCUCUCACACUGAAUGAAUCCAAUCCAAAUACAGUAGAGGUUGCAGUAACAACAGAAACAAAAGUGAACUCCCGGCCCAGGCAGCUUUGGAUGAAAUCUGUUGAAUCUUUACGCCAAGAUUCUGUACGUCAGGGCCAAGGUUCCCAGAGAGAAAAUGGGUCUGAGGAAAACAGGCAGCUUUCAUUGAAAAGCCAAAGAUUCCUUCCUGAAGAGAUUGUCCAUUCAGAUGUCUCAGAGACAUCAAGCAGAGCUACUUGCCACAUGGAAGCUGAAAACAACAACAAGCACCACAAAACCAAGGACAAUUUUAAAAAAAGGACAGUAGCAUCAAAAUACCCAAAAGACACUAGUGAUGUGGAACUGACAUAUCUGAAAACCAAACAGGGCUCUCCACGGGAUAAAAUCUACACGAUUGAUGCUGACAAGGAGCCAGGAUUCCGCUUGGACACACCUCAGUACAUCGAAAACAUUGUCCUUCCAGAACCUGUAGAGCUUCCUGAUGCUUACCAAGAUCACAACGACAACUACAGGAAAGCCGAACACGCCAACAGGACUCCAUCACAUAAUGAAGACAGUCUUCCAAAUAAUGACCAGUAUAAACUCUUUGGAAAGCACUACACUCUCAAAGAAAAAAAUACUUCCCUAGGUGACAUGAACGAUAGGUUCAGGCAGAAUUCCACGCACUGCAGGAGCUGUCUCUCCAACAUGCCCACCUACGCGGGGCACUACUCGACCAGAUCUCCCUAUAAAUGUGACGCGUGCUUGCGGAUGGGGAACCUCUAUGACAUUGAGGAAGAUCAGAUGCUGCAGGAUACAACGAACUUAUCACUUCCUGAAGAAAUAUAUGAGCGUACUUGGUCACAAAGUAGUGCUCUGCAAUAUCAUAAAAAGAAUAAACUGAGGAUUAGCAGGCAACACUCUUUUGAUAAUAUCGCUGAUAAAUCCAGGGAAAUUGAUAUUGGAAGACCUUCUCGCAGUAUAAGCUUGAAAGAAAGAGAGAAAUUUCUUCAAAGUAGUCCAUAUGCAAGCAUGUUUAGUGUUCCCUCAAGCAAACUGUUGAGCAACAAGGCCUCACUUUUAACCCAUGCUCUGGAGGACAGUAAGAGGAGCAAGUCCCUGUACGCUGUUCACUCGGAUGAUAACCCCUUCCUGCACUCCUAUCGUGAUGACCAGCAUUUAUCUCUUAGGCGAAGCCCAGCUGAUCUUUAUAAACAUUCAUUGCCAACAAGAGGAAGAAAUGAUAAUUAUUUAAGGUCAUCCAUACAGUCUACAGCAUCAUACUCUUCCAGGGAUGGUCGGAUCCAUAAUGACAUGUACAUUUCAGAGCAUGUUUUGCCUUACGUUGCAAAUAGGAAUAGCUUGUACUCAACUCCAAGGGUUUUAAAUUCCUGUAGCAAUACACGUGUGUAUAAGAAAAGGCCUAGCAUUGAAUCAGAUGUUUAA